AUGAACCCUUCCCAGCCUUCAUCGUCGUCUCUUCAAACACCAGUCCCAAUCGAUCCAUCUACUCAACAAUUGUUAGAGUCAUUCAGACACGAUUGGCUCAACGAAGUCAAAGAACGCACCAAACGCCUCCCUACUACUACCUCAUGUGAUAAGAACAACUCUAUUACGGGCCCAGUCCCUCCGAUUCAUUCGUCGCGCCUGUGCGAGCCCGAGCCAGCUCCAUCUCAGCACCCAGGCCCAUCGUCUCCAAGAAAUCAUAGUUAUCUUGAUCAGCGGCUGGACCCAACUCAUUCGGAUGUUGAUCAAUCGAGUGAUACCCUGGGAUUUGCGAAUACUAAUGGAAUGCCUGACCGGAGAGCCCACUCACCUGUGAUUACUUAUGCAAUGGCCGUCUACUACGAGAAGAUAGGCUUGUUGGACAAUGCUCUGGACUUGUAUCGUACAGCAUUCAAGGCUGAUCCCGCGGUCGAUCGUCAGUAUCACUGCCUCAACACUCAAGAACUUGAAGCACUCGAGCAACAAUUCGACAGGCUAGAUCAAUCGGAAUAUCAAAGCCUCAUCACCUUCGUACCAGCUGAGGCUGGCAAAACGCAACACGAUGGCAAAGGCAAAACAACGGCUUUUCGCGACAAUAAUACGCCUUUCAAAUACUCUAGACCUAUACACACUGAAGAUGAUUAUCAGAUGGAGGGUUCUGCUCAAUCUCAUACAGUAUUGCCUAUGGCGCACAACCUCCCUGGCCUUCCCCAAGCUCUGUCAACUCAUCAGAAAUUGCCCAAGAAUAGGCGCACUCGUAUAGAACAUGUUCGUCUUGCGUCACCGCCAAAAGAACAAAUUGAUAAUCACCCAAGCAGCACACGGAAAUUGCGUCGAGGAUUGUUGCAAAGCUAUAAGGACAAUCCAUGGAUUCGACCCCCGACACUUUCGCCUGAAGAAAACUUGGAGACAAGCGAAGAAAAUGUGACUGCUGAAAAAAAUGGACUGUCUCGUGACGUUUUUGAGACAUCCAAAUUUAUCGAUGAUGCAUCACCUUCCAAUGGUGCGGUAGACGCGGGUACAUCUGGCCUUACCUUGGAUUCUCGAUCUUCACUGGUCAAACAACCCGAAAGUGAUUAUGCCGAACCAUCGACGCAACCCGAUUGGAACCAUCAAUUCGAGCCUGAUGACUUGACUCUACCCUGUCCUUUACGAUCUUUACCGCACGAGAUUUUGUUAUACAUAUUCCACUUGUAUCUCAAGCCUUGCAAUUCUACCUUCAUACAUUCGCAUGCAAUUCUUAUCGAGCGCUUUGCACAAGUGUCACGGUUGAGUAGAUUGUUAAUGCUCGAAGAUCAACUUUGGAAACCAAUUUGUGAAGAAACUUACAGUCGCAAAUUUUUGAAAGAUGAUACUUGUAUCACCCGGGACCCUAAAGAUGCCAUUCGGAAUGUUUGUCACAGGUGGCAUGGUAUGGAUUGGCGUCGAAUACCUCGAGUGCGCGAAGAUGGUUGCUUCAUUGCACCUAUCAGCUAUCCUCGUCUAGGGGAAUCUGACAAUCCUUGGUAUACUCCUACACACUUUGUCACCUACUACCGAUACUUGCGCUUCUUUCCUGAUGGCACAUGUCUCAAUUUCACUACAAGUGAUCACCCCGCUCGAGUAGUUCGCACAUUUGACAAACCUCUACGCGCCAAGGGCCUCACAAUCGGUAAAUGGGAGCUUGUGGGUGAUUUGAUCAACAUUUGGGACCUCGAAGAGCGCGCAAUGCCUCACACAAACGCUAGAAUUCGUGCAACUGUGGACUCUUCAGACACAUUGCCACCAAGCAAUUUCCAGCUAACGUAUAAGCUACAGAUGAGGUGCCGGCUUAAGAGCACACAACGGGGAAAGAUGUCAGCGGAUUUGGGAACCCUUGCUUUUUCAAUUGUUUGA